CUGAAAUCGAUAAUGGAUUAGACGAAGAGUUUCGUGUUAUUCCUUGGUAUGGGCGGGUUUGGGGACAGAUAUUUUGGCACAGACGAGGACUAGGCCACUGUGGUCCUGCAGCAUUAGGUGUCCCUUCCAUGUCCUGCAUUACAUUUUAUUGAUGGAUUCAUCACCCUAUCUACUACAACGGCUACACAAACUAUGAAGAGUUUUGUUUACUAAUAAAUGCCCAAGUGAGGGGUCGAUCGAACCCGGGACACGUUUUUCAGUUUACCAUAUAGAAUUAUCCUUGGAACCCUUGAUACUCCAUAAAACAUCACCACCUCUGUUGUCAUCUCAUGAAUCCAGGUUCAAACCUAGUCUCUCUCUCCCUAGUGGGAGGUAUAUGGCCACUGGGCCAAUGAUGACAAAAUGCAAAAAAAAUAAAAUACAUUUGGGUUCAUUAUCUAAAAUAUCUCUUGUGUUUGUAAGUUUUGGUUGCACACUCGUGUGGUUGAAGUGUGUGUGAGAGGUACUAUACAAUACACUCUGCUUUUGUUUUGUACCUAUCUCUUUCUCUUCUCCACAUAUCCAAGACUUUGGGGAUAAAGCUGAGAUCAUUGGUUGCCAUUUGGUUGUGUAGAAGCAAUCACCCAUUUGCUUUAUCCGAGGUUGAUAAAUUUCCUCGGGUUCUCCUUCUGACACGUAUGACAAAUUCUAAUAGUAUAUUCCUCGUAGAUAUUACCUAUAUAUUCUCAAUAGUUGCAGGUACUUAAGGCUUUGUCUUGGCAUCCUCGUCCUCUUCAGCAAAACUCGUCUCUCUUGCACUCCAAAAAGCAACCAUGUCUGCUUUUGUCGGCAAAUACGCAGAUGAGCUGAUAAAGACGGCUAAGUACAUUGCCACACCGGGAAAGGGCAUUUUGGCAGCAGACGAGAGCACGGGAACUAUUGGGAAACGAUUCGCCAGCAUCAAUGUUGAGAACAUUGAGUCCAACCGCCAAGCUCUCCGUGAGCUCCUCUUCACGUCCCCUGGCACUUUCCCUUGCCUCUCCGGUGUUAUCCUCUUCGAGGAAACCCUCUACCAGAAAACCACGGAUGGCAAACCCUUCGUUGAGCUCCUCAUGGAAAACGGAGUUAUCCCUGGAAUCAAAGUGGACAAGGGUGUGGUUGAUCUAGCAGGAACCAAUGGCGAGACCACUACUCAGGGUCUAGAUUCACUUGGUGCACGUUGCCAGGAGUAUUACAAGGCAGGAGCUCGGUUUGCAAAAUGGCGUGCAGUCCUCAAGAUUGGGGCCACCGAGCCAAGCGAGCUCUCUAUCCAAGAGAACGCCAAGGGGCUAGCCCGCUAUGCCAUCAUCUGCCAGGAGAAUGGACUCGUCCCAAUCGUCGAGCCAGAGGUACUGACCGACGGGAGCCAUGACAUCAAGAAAUGUGCAGCGGUGACCGAGACCGUUCUUGCUGCCGUGUACAAGGCCUUGAACGACCACCAUGUCCUCCUCGAAGGCACUCUGCUUAAACCGAACAUGGUCACUCCCGGCUCUGACAGCCCAAAGGUUGCACCGGAAGUGAUAGCGGAAUACACAGUGACUGCUCUGCGCCGCACAGUCCCACCUGCAGUUCCAGGAAUCGUGUUCCUCUCAGGCGGACAGAGUGAAGAGGAAGCAACACUAAAUCUGAACGCAAUGAACAAGCUCGAUGUGUUGAAGCCAUGGACUCUCACUUUCUCAUUUGGCCGAGCCCUCCAACAAAGCACUCUCAAGGCUUGGGCAGGUAAGACAGAGAAUGUAGCCAAAGCUCAGGCCACUUUCCUGACCAGGUGCAAGGGUAACUCGGACGCUACCCUCGGGAAAUACACCGGCGGGGCUUCUGGUGACUCGGCCGCCUCUGAGAGCUUGUAUGAGGAAGGAUACAAGUAUUAGGAGCGUUUAAAUACGGGUGUCGCCUUUUAUACGAUUUGAAUAUAUGUCAAAUGUUUCGUAGGCGUUUAACUGUUUAAAUUUUUAUCGAUUUGGUUUAGCGUCUGUGUAAUGUUCUUAAACUGUGUUGUGUUUUUUGUGAUGGUUUCUAUAAUAUUUUCGCGCCAUGACAUAACGGUUCGUUCAAAAGUUCGGUAAUAUCCCCUAAGUGGGUCCCACAAGGAAGUCUAUCUUCUUCUUAAUCACCAAAAAAAAGAAGUCAUUUUCCGAAGGAGAGAUAUUUUUACUUGAUAUUUUAUAAUUGUAAGAAUGAUCUAAAACUAGUUUGGUU